AUGAAUAUGAACACUCCAACCAAUAAUGUGAUGGAUUUAAUUUCUCGGUUAAUAGGCAACAACCAAACACCAGGAGGUCAACCAAUCACAACUACGCCCUCAUCGUCCACCCAUCCCACACCACAACAACCACAAGGACCAACCAUGAUACAACAACCGCAAAUCAACCAAAACAAUCCACAAACAGCACAGUUAUUGAGAAUAUUGCAACAGAACCCAAAUAUUCUUAACUCUUUAGGUGGAAAUACGGGAAAUCAAGCAAUAUCUUCUUCAGGUACAAACGUAUCCCAUGAUGUUCUGUUACAUUUCUUACAAUCACAACUUAACAACAGCAAUGUACAGCUAAGAUCAAGACAACCUCAGGGCAUACUGCCCAACGUGGCAGGAGGUGGUAUUUCCAUGAAUCCACAACAACCUCAAACGCAGAACGUACUCAUGGGUAGUGACAAUAAUAUGCUUACCGGAGAUGGCAACUUUGCCACAGCUCCAGCAUCAUCAGGAGGUGUGGCUAGUAGUGAUCAAGGUAAUUCCGCCAUGAUCAACAACCAAAUGUUAGGAGGAGGACUAGUGGGAACAAAUCCUACAACUCCGAUCGGUAUGAUGACAAUGAAUGGAACGAAUAUGAACAUGCCUAAUCAAAAUAUGAAUAUGACUAGUCAAACAAAACGAUCUGGAACACCUCUAAGCAACAACAGCGGCGGAUUAUCAACAAAUACAACCACCACAACCAUGACACAAUCUGGGUUUUCUAAUGGAACACGAAAGUUCUCUGUUGAUCACAUCAAACUAGUGCAACAGCUCAUUGAACAGUGCCUAAAGUUAUAUCUCUCAAAGACAGAAACAAUAGCAUUUCUUUGUUCUAAAUAUGACAACAUUGAUCCUGCAUUUAUUAGUUUAAUGUGGUUCAAGUUGGAACAACAAAAUCCUGAAUUUUUCAAGGCAUACAACACCCGUCUUCAAAUCAAAGAUCAAAUUACACAGUUUAAUCAAUUAGUGAAAGAACAAGCUCAACUAAUGCAACAACAAGGAUUACUGAUACAAAGCUCAAACAGUGGAUUUUCUCAAAUGUCGAUGCCUAACAGCCAACUUAUGAACAAUUCUCCUCUUACCAUCUCUACAAAUAUUCCUCAAUCCAUGAAUCCCUACACUUCUUCUCCUGUGACAAUGAAUACUUUUGUUGCAACUCCCUCCAACACUCCUAACAUUGCAAGUGCUAACAUGACUAAUCCCAUGAAUAUGAACGCUGGAGGAGGUUUUGUUUAUGCAAAUAAUUUAAUGACCACAAGUCCAAGUCCCAAUACAUCAAUGGUUGGAGGAAUGCAAACUCAGGGUGGUAAUGGUGUCUCUGGUCUAGGAAACAUGAAUUUACAACAGCAACAACAGGGACCUAAUACCUUGAACUUUGCUCAACAACAGCAACAACACAUGUAUAGAAAUCAAUCACAGCCUCAAACAAAUUCUCAACAACAAUUUUCUCAGAAUAAUUUCAAUGCACCCAACAAUAGCUCCUCACCUCAAAAACGAACACCAGAUUCCAUGAACGUUUCAUCAACAACCUCAAUGGGUAAUACGGCCUACAGUGAAGACAAUAGUGCUGCUACCUCGAACAAUAACAACACUUUCUCAGGCAACCCUCAAUCCAAUAUGGACACGAGCCAAAUGAUAAAUCCUAGACAAGUAGUUCAAAAUUUCAUGAAAUCACCUCCCAUUAUGGUUCCUACUGGUACUGUCCAGUCCAUGAUGGCACCAUCUAGUAAUAAUAUCAACAACAACAACAACAAUAAUCCUGAAACAAUGUCUGUGAACAGCAAUGUCUCAAAACAAGCACAGAACAGCAGCAAUACUAAUACUUUACAACAAGUUACUGUGCAUGACUCUUCAAAUCAACAAAUUUCUGCUAGUAAUUCUGCAACACACAAUAAUCAAACGUCCUCACAACAAGAUGCUACAAGUGCCCUGGAUAACAGCUCAUUUGGUGGCUUUGAUUUUCCUGAAACAGGCGAUUUGUUUGCUGAUACAGAAGAUUUUGAUUUUAAUUUUUGA